CAGUUGAGGCUAAUAAUCUAGAAACGCAAGACCCUGCACGCACGCGCUUAACUUGCUUUUAGUUCCCGAACUGGUUCCUGAGACAGAAGGAUGCCAGGACCUUGGCCGGUUCUGGGGCGGGGGUGUGGGCUGGAUAAGGAGAGUCUAUCCGGUUGAGAGAGGCCCGGGGCCUCUGGGAGAGAAGGGGCAGGAGGAGGAAGUAAGGCUGGCGGGCCCCACACCAAGGUCCAACUGGGAACGGGGCGGCUCACAGAGUGGGUGGACCAAGCAGAGCUCUCCACGGGCUUUAGUGGCUCAGCAGACUCGCAUUGCCUUCCUGGCUGCCAGGGUCCGCAAGACGGCGGGCGGAAGGGGCGGGGCUUGCCGCGGAAGCCCCUAGGUCGCUCAAGUCACGUGAUAGGAUGCUCCGAGCCCAGCUCGCGCGCAGGAAGCAUGGCACUCUGGCGGGCAUACCAGCGGGCUCUGGCUGCUCACCCGUGGAAAGUACAGGUCCUGACGGCUGGGUCCCUGAUGGGCCUAGGUGACAUUAUCUCACAGCAGCUGGUGGAGAAGCGGGGUCUGCGGGAACACCAGACGGGCCGGACCCUGACCAUGGUAUCCCUGGGCUGUGGCUUUGUGGGCCCCGUAGUAGGAGGCUGGUACAAGGUUUUGGAUCUGUUCAUCCCUGGCACCACCAAGGUAGAUGCACUAAAGAAGAUGUUGUUGGAUCAGGGAGGCUUUGCCCCAUGUUUUCUAGGCUGCUUCCUCCCACUGGUAGGGGCACUCAAUGGACUGUCAGCCCAGGACAACUGGGCCAAACUCCAGCGGGAUUAUCCUGACGCCCUCAUCACCAACUACUAUCUCUGGCCUGCCGUGCAGUUAGCCAACUUCUACUUGGUCCCCCUUCAUUACAGGUUGGCCGUUGUCCAGUGUGUUGCUGUUAUCUGGAAUUCCUACCUGUCCUGGAAGGCACAUCAGCUCUAAGUCUGCCUUGCUCAAUCAUUUCCACCUUGCAGGGAUGCACCUUGACCCCAGAUGGUCAGACAACCUCAUCAAAGUGGGCACACCAGUUUCCAUGGGGUUGGGUUGCUGGUCAGAACUUAUUAGCACCCUGAAAUGCUAAACUUACUGAAAUGUAAACUCACGGCCUUUGAAAUCGCUAAAACCUUACCACAGUCUUAUUCCCAUCACACACUAGGCACUCCAUGAAUAUCUGUUGAACCUUAUGACUUCGUUAACUUUACAGUCAUAUCCUAUCAAAUGCCACUUGUUCCCACUCUUCGUAGAUACACCUGUUACUCUAACCCUGCCCAGUGCUAGUGUUGCUCCACCUCUUUGGGGACCCCCCUCAAACCCUUUAUAUGGCGCCCUUUAUAAGGCGCCUUAGUAAAUAUGUUAUUAAAUAUGUAAUCUGGAA